CCGCAGCCAGGGCAGCCGGCCCGGCAGCCCGCCGGGUAAUUUGGUGGCCAGGCGAGCAGAGGAGGCCGGAGGCAUCUGCCCCCCCCCCAGUCCCCACCCCAGCUCCCCACGGCUGGAGGUAUGCGGUGUCCCCGUCCCUAGAGGCAGCACCCAAGCCCCAGCCCGGCGUUAGCACCCAGAGGGAUGUGGAGCCACAGAGGCAGCGGACCCUGUGACUGACACAGCCCCUCCAGCCCACAGCUGAAUGGAAAGACUGCAGAAGCAACCGCUGACCUCCCCUGGGAGCGUCUGUUCCUCCCGUGGGUCCAGCGUCCCGGGAUCGCCCUCCAGCAUCGUGGCCAAAAUGGACAACGAGGUUCUGGGCUACAAGGACCUGGCCGCCAUCCCCAAGGACAAAGCGAUCCUGGAUAUCGAGCGCCCCGACUUGAUGAUCUACGAACCCCAUUUCACCUACUCACUCAUGGAGCACGUGGAGCUGCCCCGGAGCCGAGAGCGCUCUCUGUCUCCCAAAUCCAUCUCUCCUCCUCCGUCUCCGGAGGUCAUCCGGGAGUGGCUGGAGAGCCGGACCCCCGGCAGCGCCCCGCAGCCCACCUCUCGCCAGGGCGGCAGCUCGGCCCGCAGCAGCGUGCAGCACUUCCACCGACCCGAGACCGACACGACGGAGCUCAACAUAUACAAGAAGCCUCCGAUCUACAGGCAGAAAGACCACCAUCCUGGCGCCCACCACGGGAAGCAUCUCAUAGAGGACUUGAUCAUCGAAUCCUCCAAGUUCCCGGCGGCACAGCCCCCAGACCCCAACCAGCCCGCCAAGAUCGAGACCGACUACUGGCCGUGCCCCCCAUCCCUGGCCGUCGUGGAGACGGAGUGGAGGAGGCGGAUGGCCUCCAAGAGAGGGGAGGAGGAGGAGGAGGACCUGACAGAGGAGAUGAAGAACCUGCGGGAGCUCCAGAGGCAGGAGCUGAGCAAGGUCACCUCCAACCUCGGGAAGCUGAUCCUGAAGGAGGAGAUGGAGAAAUCUCUCCCCAUCCGGAGAAAAACCCGCUCGCUGCCUGACCGGACACCCUUCCACACAUCUCUGCACAUGGGGAGCUACAAGAGCUCCUCGCUGCCCGCCUCGGGAAGGAGCACCCUCACCCGGCUGCAGUCAGCAGAGUUCAGCUCGGCAGGCAGCGAGAAGGGCAGUCCGGGCCUGCAGGUAAGCACUCCUCUGGCUGCCGGCACGGAGACCCAGCGAGAGGGUGAUAACGGCCAGCGUGGGCGCAUGGACAGAGGCAAUUCCCUGCCCAGCAUGCUGGAGCAAAAGAUCUACCCCUACGAAAUGCUGAUGGUGACGAACCGAGGCCGUGUGAAGCUGCCGCCUGGCGUGGACAGGACCAGACUGGAGCGGCACCUCUCCCCCGAGGAUUUCCUGCGGGUCUUCGAGAUGCCCCCCGAGGAGUUCAGCAAGCUGGCCCUCUGGAAGCGCAAUGAGCUGAAGAAGAAAGCCUUCCUCUUCUGAGCCCGCCUCGGCCCCGAGCUCAGUCCGUGUCACGCCGUGUAACCGCUUUAGGGCUCUCAGCCGGUUUUUACUAGGAUCCCCCCCUUCCCCUCUCCCCCAGCCCCCCGGCUCUGCCCCCCACCUCCCUCCUCCUGCGGGAAAAGGGCUCGGGGGGCUCAAACCUGCCUCCGCCGCCCGGCUCGCAGCGGGGUGAUGGGGCUGGGGGCAGACCCUGCCCCGGAGCAGGCACGGUUCAGCCAGGAGGGGAGGUGUGGGGGGGUCUCUGUGCUUUGUGCCCCCCCUCUCCCCCCAGGCAUGCUGGCAGGGGCAGUGCCUGGCUCUGCUUUCAGCCGGCCAGGAGCGUGCCGGCUCCGGCACGUGGGCAGUGGGGCGGCUUCCCUCCUCCCCGGGGGUCGGCUGCUUCCGGCCCCCACACCUGGGGUGCCCCUCUGCCCCCCGGGGUGCGCCUCUACCCCCCGCGCCUUCACCCCAAGACUUGGGAAGAGCCUGGGGGCCGACUCACUGCCAGACCGAUGUGCUCCCGGCAAAGCCAGGCCGGCAUCCCGCCUUGCCCCCCUCCAGCCCCCCUUUUAACAUCCCCCCUGGUCCCUCCUGUGUCAGCUGCUGCAGCGAGGACCGCAAGGACACGUACACUGCCAAAACCUGCCCGGCACCGGGCUGGCAGAGGGCACGGCUGGGAUGCCGGUGAGGUGGAGCACCGCGGGAUGGGGCAGGGGGUGGCAGAGCGGGGGUCCCGGUGGGACCCUGGGGCAGCUCCUGCUGCAUUGCUAGCUGCAGAUGCGCCCGCAGCGGGGUGAUGAACUGGGGCGAUGCAGCGGGGCGAUGCAGCAGGGCAGUGGGGCGAUGAACCGGGGCAACGCAGCCAGGCAGAAAGGAGCAGGGCACGGCUCGACGGGCACCGCGGCCGCCGGGGUCUGGGCAGCGCUGCCUGGCCCCCCGCGGCCGUGCAGGCAGGGCUCGGCACCGGGCAGCACCUUCCCUUCUCGCACCUCUCCCAUCCCCUCUUCGGGCACACAUUUUGGGCAGGACCCCUCUGCCCCCGCACCCCCGGCCCCCCACGCUCCCCGGUUUCUGUUUCCAGCCACUUUCCAGCCGCUAGACCUUGUUGGGAUGUAAAGAAUGUAAUUUAUCGGGAAACCACUGGCCCAUACUUGCCUUUCACUGCUACUCUACAAACGACAUAUCUAUAAAUAUAUAUAUAAAUAUGGGUUGUUUUCUGACUGGACUACAGUGAUUCACUUUCUCUGUUUUGUUCUGAGUUUAUUUUAUUUGCUGGUGUCGGAGAACCCGCGUGAGAGUGAUUUUUUGCUUACAAUUAAAGGUGAAAUGGCUUUAUCCA